AUGGACCUCUCCCACUCUGCACACCUGCCCGUGACGAGGCUCGGCCUGUGGUUGCUCCAUCUGAUCCCAGCAGCAUUGGCGCAGCAAGCCUCCCAGACCCAAGCCGAGGACCGCCUCUUCAAACACCUCUUCAGGGGCUACAACCGCUGGGCGCGCCCAGUGCCCAACACCUCGGACGUGGUGAUUGUGCGCUUCGGGCUGUCCAUCGCCCAGCUCAUCGAUGUGGAUGAGAAGAACCAAAUGAUGACCACCAACGUUUGGCUAAAGCAGGAGUGGAGCGACUACAAGCUGCGCUGGAACCCGGCCGAUUUCGGCAACAUCACAUCCCUCCGGGUCCCUUCAGAGAUGAUCUGGAUCCCCGACAUUGUCCUCUAUAACAAUGCAGAUGGGGAGUUCGUGGUGACCCAUAUGACCAAGGCUCACCUCUUCUCCACGGGCACCGUGCACUGGGUGCCCCCGGCCAUCUACAAGAGCUCCUGCAGCAUCGACGUCACCUUCUUCCCCUUCGACCAGCAGAAUUGCAAGAUGAAGUUCGGCUCCUGGUCGUAUGACAAGGCCAAGAUCGACCUGGAGCAGAUGGAGCAGACGGUGGACCUGAAGGACUACUGGGAGAGUGGCGAGUGGGCCAUCAUCAACGCCACGGGCACCUACAACAGCAAGAAGUACGACUGCUGCGCCGAGAUCUACCCCGAUGUCACCUACUACUUUGUCAUCCGGCGCCUGCCCCUCUUCUACACCAUCAACCUCAUCAUCCCCUGCCUGCUGAUCUCCUGCCUCACCAUGCUCGUCUUCUACCUGCCCUCCGACUGUGGCGAGAAGAUCACCUUAUGCAUCUCAGUGCUGCUCUCACUCACCGUCUUCCUGCUGCUCAUCACCGAGAUCAUCCCCUCCACCUCCCUGGUCAUCCCGCUCAUUGGAGAAUACCUGCUCUUCACCAUGAUCUUCGUCACCCUCUCCAUCAUCAUCACGGUCUUUGUCCUCAAUGUCCACCACCGCUCCCCCAGCACCCACAGUAUGCCCCACUGGGUGCGGGUGGCCUUUCUGGGCUGUGUGCCUCGGUGGCUUCUGAUGAACCAGCCCCUGCCACCCUUGGAGCUCCAUGAUCCCCCAGAUCUGAAGCUCAGCCCCUCCUAUUGGCUGGAGACCAAUGUGAAUGCAGAGGAGAGGGGGGAUGAAGAGGAAGAGGAAGACAGAUGGGUGUGUGCAGGUCAUUCAUCCCCCUCCCUGGGUGUCCUCUGCAGCCAUGGUGGUAUCCACCAAGGGGCCUCAGGGCCUAAAGUAGAGGCCCAGUUGCAGGAGGGUGGGCUUCUGCUGUCACCCCGCAUACAGAAGGCACUGGAAGGCGUGCACUAUAUUGCUGAUCACCUGCGGUCCGAGGAUGCUGACUCUUCGGUGAAGGAAGACUGGAAGUACGUGGCCAUGGUCAUCGAUAGGAUAUUCCUCUGGUUGUUUAUCAUCAUCUGCUUCCUGGGAACCGGUGGCCUCUUUCUUCCUCCGUUCCGGGCUGGAAUGAUCUGAUUUCACAUCUUUGCUUUGGCCCAAAGGUGGCACUGCUGACUAUCUUUACCCGCUGCCGCCCCUGGAGUACGCCUUUG